GAAAAUAAUUAGUGUUGUUUGUCUGCUUUUAUUAGAUUUAUUAAACUGCUUUGCACAGUCAGGUAUGUAGCUUUUCUCUUUUUCUUUUCAAACUAAAAUAGAAAUGAAUUAUUAAUGGAGAGUAUAUAGCUGAACACCACUGUAUCUCAUCCAUUUUAUUUUUGUGCAAAAGGAAACUUUCUGAUAUAUAGUGUGCAUUAUAACAAAUGCAUCACAAACAACCUGGAGAAACUUUCUGUCUGUGACCAAAGCGCUGACUUACAACAGUUUCGCUGGAUUUCAAAGGAUCGUAUUUUGAACAUUUACACAAAGAAAUGCCUUGGAGUUGGUAGUAAAUCUGUGGGUAAAAAGCUGCAGUGGUUGAUGUGUGAAGAUGACAAUGUUUUGCAGAAGUGGGAAUGCCAGAGUGAUUUAUUGCUUCGGCUAAAGGAUGAAUCUCUGUAUCUUGCUGUAAAUGAUAAUGGUGUGCCACUCAUCUCUAAAGACACUGGAACAAAGAGUCAAUGGACAAUUCAGGGUACACAGAACAACAUUUGCUCUCGGCCUUAUGAAGAAUUAUACACAAUUCAUGGAAAUGCACAUGGUCGUCCAUGCCACUUUCCUUUCCAAUAUAAGGAUACAUGGUAUGCAGAUUGUACCAUAACGAAUGGCCUUCUUCUAUGGUGUGCAGUGGAGUCUAACUACACCGUUAACAAGCUGUGGGGCUACUGUCCAACACGGGAAACUAACAAUAAAUUAUGGGUGAAAAAUCCUGAAACAAAUGUCUAUUACCAACUGAAUUAUGAGUCAAAACUGACAUGGCAUGAAGCAACCAAGAGCUGCCAGCAGCAGGGUGCAGAGCUCCUGAGUGUUUCUGAGCCUUGUGAACACACAUUUGUUUCAGGUAUGAUGCAGGAGAGACAAAAUUUUCUUUGGGCAGGACUGAUCAAAUCCGAUGGAUUCAGUCGAGGACAGAAGAGAAAAGGAAACACAGAAACAAAACCAGAUGGCACUUGUAGUGCCCUGAUAAACUUUAUAGGUUUUGAAACGAUAGAUAAACCUUGUUCAGAAAAGCAUGGAAACAUCUGCCAAAGAGGCCGCCCUGUCUGCACUGAUCCAAAUGCAAAGCAAAGUUUCUGCAAAAAGAUUUAGCCAGUGAAGAACUGGAAUCCGGGGCCUCAAAGGCUUGCCAUUAUAUCAAAUAAGAUAAUGCACAAACAAAAAAGCAAAGUAAAUAGUAGAAGUAUCCAGUAUGUGCCACGCUUGAUUUUUACCAUUAAGCUUGUAAUCUGCAACAUUUACAUUUAUACAUUUGGCAGACGCUUUUUAAGCUAUACAUUUGUGUUCCCUGAGAUCUAACCAACAACCCUUUGUACUGCUAACCCAAUGCUUUACCAACUGAGUUAUAGACCAUCUAUUUUUCUUUAUUGAAAAGUUAAUUAAAAUGAUUUGAUAUUAUCCUAAUCAGUAUUCAACUUGUAUGAACACACACUAAGUGUUUGUAACACAUGCAAGUAUCUUGUUGGGAUCAAACAGUCAACCAAAAGACAACAUACUGUAUGCUGGGAGAAAGCAUUUCCACUUUCCAUGUUGAAGACCAGCAAACCA